UGUUUGUUUUCAUUAUUACUCUUAUUGUUUUAACAUUUUUUCACUUCUAUUCGACUUUUAAAUUCGAUUCAAUACUCGCCAAACCCUAUUUUAUUGUUAACACAAGUGAUGAACAUGCGUAGAAAUCAAUUAAACCGCAGAAUCACUUUUUUAAAAAUAACUGGACCGAACCAGUCAGUUCGACUCGGUUCAUUGGUUUUAUGCACACCCCUAGGUGUCGGAGUUGUAGAUGAAAACAUUGUUAAAUGUCAAAAGUAGCAAGUUACGUCAACUAGGUUUAUUGAUUCAUUUUUUGACCCACCUCCCCACCAUAUGAGUGAUUGUCUAGUGGGUUAUUGGUACUUCCAUAUUUACAUUCUAUUCACAACUUAGUAACCUUAUAAACAUUGUGAGGGUCCAAAUGUGGGAUUCUUAAUAUAUUCUCUUAUAACGGUGCUUAUUUGGAUUCACCAUUCUUGAAUGAGAUCCCAAUUUGUUGUUUUUGAAUUAAAUGCCCAUUUGAGCUUCGUGGACUCUGAUACCUUUUUAGAUAACAUGGAGUUCUAUCUAAAAAUUAAUUGGUAAAGAGAGGAGUAAUUCAUGUAAACCAAUCAACAAGGAGAUGAGUAAUUCAUGGAUCUUAUAAAUAUUUUAAGGUCCCUUGAUUUUUUCAAAGUGAAAUUCUCAACAUUGAAGCUAACAAAAAAAAUAUCAGAGCAUUUGAGUAGUUCAACUAAAUGUUAUGUUAUAGAAUACAAUAAAAAAUUUGUUAUGAUAUCAAUGAUUUUGAUUUGACUUAAAAUCAUCCACCAUAAGGAAAAAGAUCAAAGAAUUUUCUGUCAACUAUGACAGCUAGGAAGAGUUAAGUCUCCUUCCCUUCCACCUUUUUUUUAAUAAGACGUCCUUAAAAUAAUUCAACUUGGCUUUAACUUGUCUCUUUUCUGGAUUUUCAUAAUGAUAUAAUCAAAGGCAUGGCUAGCUUAUGUGGUUAUACAAUGCUUCACUGGAGAAUGUUACUCAUUUUUUACUCUUUGACCAACUCCUAAAGGCUAUUUGAUUUGGUCUAUCAUGCUGUUUUCUACAUGGUUUCCUAAAAAUAAGCAUACGAAAAGAGCUAAUUUGAACACCCACAUAUGAUUUCUUGCUGCUCUCUUUCCAAUAAGGUCUAAUGAUAAUGGAGCAGUUAAGAUACUGCCUCCUCCAGAUCUUUGUUGCUUUAGCUAUUUCAUUUCUGGUUUCUGCACAGGAUCAAUCAGGAUUCAUUAGCAUUGACUGUGGAAUUUCAGAGAAUUCAAGCUACAAAGACAGUGUAACAAACAUAAAGUACAUUUCUGAUGUAAACUUCACAGAAACUGGAAUAAGUAAGAGCAUAUCAUCAGAUUUCAACACUACCACUCUUCCACAGCAGUUCUGGUAUGUUAGGAGCUUUCCUGAAGGAGACAGAAACUGUUACACCAUAAAGCUUGCUCAAGGUAAAGGUUACAAGUAUUUGAUCAGAGCGAGUUUUAUGUACGGAAACUAUGAUGGUCAAGGUACAGUGCCGGCUUUCGAUCUGUACAUGGGAGUUAAUAAAUGGGAUUCAGUAAUACUGAAGAAUGAAUCCAACAUCAUAAUCAAAGAAGUUAUACAUGUACUUCCUACAUCUUCCAUAUGCAUAUGUCUGGUCAAUACUGGCUUUGGAUCACCAUUUAUAUCAGCAUUGGAGCUUAGGCUUUUGAAAAAUGCAAGUUAUGUCACUGAUUUUGAUUUGCUAGCUCUCCACAGACGGUUGGACAUCGGUGCAACUACCAACAAAACUGUCAGGUACAAUGAUGAUUUUUCUGAUAGGAUCUGGAUGCCCUAUAACCUUACUAACUACAAAGUUAUAAGCACUUCAUCCACAAUUGAUUCAGGAGGUAGCAAUUCCUAUAAUUUACCAAGAAUUGUAAUGAGCACUGCCAUCACAGCCUAUAAUGCCAGUGAUCCUCUAGAAUUUCACUGGGCUCCUGAAAAUCCCAGUACCAGAUAUCAUAUAUUCCUGCACUUUGCUGAUUUGGAAAAGCUCCAAGCCAACCAACUAAGGGAAUUUAACAUCUAUCAAAAUGGGAAUUAUUUUAAUGAGCCUUUCUCUCCCGAUUACUUGCAUUCAACUACAUUGUAUAGCAUAUCCCCAAUGAGUGGGCAUGAUAUUGCAUUUUCAUUAUCAAAAACUAAUGCAUCAAAUCUUCCACCUAUCCUCAAUGCUCUUGAAAUCUACAUAGUGCUUGACGCAUCACAAUCACGCACUGAAGAGCAGGACAUUACAGCCCUGAUGAACAUCAAAUCAUUUUAUGGCGUGAGAAAGAAUUGGCAGGGUGAUCCAUGCCAGCCAAAAUCCUUUUUGUGGCAUGGUCUUGAUUGUAGCUAUGAUGACCAGAGUCCUAAUAGAAUCACCUCCUUGAACUUGUCUUCGAGUGGAUUGGUGGGGGAAAUAGCUAGCCAUGUAUCUGAGCUCACAUCAUUACAAUAUUUGGAUUUGUCAAACAAUAACUUGAGUGGACCGGUGCCCGGUUUUCUAUCCAAAUUGCACUCCUUGAAAGUUUUAGACUUGAGGGACAAUCCACUCCUUGGUUCUAUACCAAGCGAACUCAUGGAACGAUCCAAAAAUGGAUCUCUUACAAUAAGGGUUGGAGGAAGCACGGAUCUUUGUGCUUCAUCUUCUUGUCAAAAGAAGAAAAAGAGUUAUGUUAUUACAAUUGUAGCAACAGUUUCAUCAUUGCUUGUCCUCUUAGCUGCAACAUCAGUCGGGAUAAUAUUAUGGAGAAAACGAGUCCGAAAACAGCCCAUCAUAAGACUUGGAUCACUAGAGCAAAAAAAACAGCAGCUAUCAUACUCUCAAAUACGGCGUAUUACAAACAACUUCGAGAGAAAAAUUGGAGAAGGAGGUUUUGCAAAAGUAUUCCUUGGUUACUUGGAUGAUACUCAAGUCGCCGUGAAGGUCCUUAAGACUUCAGUUCAAGGUUAUAAAGAAUUUGAAGCAGAGGUUAAACUUUUGCUGAGAAUUCAUCAUCGAAACUUGACAAGCCUUGUCGGAUACUGCUACGAAAAAGGCAACCUGGUUCUAAUCUAUGAAUACAUAAACAAUGGCAACUUAAAAGAGCAUCUAUCAGGUAGCAAAGACAGUGCCCUCAGUUGGGAGGAAAGGAUGCAAGUAGCAGUUAAUGCAGCGCAAGGGUUGGAGUAUCUGCAUCAUGGUUGUAAACCACCAAUUGUUCACAGAGAUGUGAAGUCUGCAAACAUCCUUUUGAAUGCAAGAUUCCAAGCUAAAAUAGCUGAUUUUGGUCUAUCAAAGAGUUUUCCAACCGAAAGCGAUACUCAUUUGACAACUGUUGUUGCAGGGACCGAUGGCUAUCUCGACCCCGAGUAUUAUGCAACUGGCUGGUUGACUGAGAAAAGUGAUGUUUAUAGUUUUGGAGUUCUUAUUUUGGAAAUAGUCACUUCCCGUCCGGUCCUCAUGAUCGAUAGGGCUUCUUCAAAGAAAUAUCAUAUAAGCCAAUAUGUUAUGCACUUUAUGAAAACAGGUGAUAUAAGGAGCAUUGUUGAUCAGAAGGUGAGGGAAAACUUUGACUUGAGUUCUGCUUGGAAGGCAGUGGAGAUUGCAAUGAAAUGUUUGUCAUUGAAUUCCAUUGAUAGGCCAAACAUGAAAGAGGUAGUUUCAGAGUUGAGCGAAUGUUUGGCAUUAGAGAAAGCUCGAAAAAGAAGAAACGUUGAUUCUAAUAUGAGAAAAUCAAAUGCUGUCAGUAGGAAUUUUAGAGAGAGUGAAGUAACACCUUCUGCUAGAUAGGGUUCUAUUUGUGUGUGUGAUUCAAAACAAUCUAUUGCAAAAAGUUGAUAUGUAAAGGAGUAUGAGCAACAAUUUGAUGUCUUUGGCAUUAUCAAUGUUUGGUCGGUGUAGGGAGGCUGCAAGCAACUCAUUAUGAGCCAAGAAAUAGCCCAAGUGGUUCAAGAUGUUGUGAAGUAAUGAUAUUGUUUUUUAUGCAUAAAAC